AUGCAGACAGUUCUGAGCUUGGGUAAAACUGCGUCGGCGGCUCAAUGGAGCACUUGGCUCCGCGCGGCGAGCACCAGUCUCCAGGGCAAAGGACCGCUGAAAACGAACUGGAAACAGGACGUCGUCUACCUUUAUCAGUUCCCGCGCCCCGCCAAUCGGCAACCGAAUCUCUCGCCGUUCUGCCUGAAGCUCGAGACUUUUCUGCGCGCGAAUCGCAUCAAGCACGAAGUGAUUGGCACGUGGCUGACCGCGCGCCAGUCUCCGCGCGGACUCCUUCCGUUCAUCGAACUGAACGGACAGCAAAUCGCCGACUCGCAAGUGAUCGUCUGGAAACUUCAGAAGCAUUUUGAGCUCGACGACAAACUCGAAGGCGCGGAGAGGGGAACGGCCCGGGCCGUCGAGAGGAUGAUUGACUUGUCGACCAACUAGUGAGUUAUUCAUGUUGAGGUCUAAAAAUGGUAUUAAGGGGAGACGUCCUUGAGUCAUCUGCGUCCUCUCUCCUCAGCCAUUUGUCACCUCCAUCCUCAAUGUGUCACAUGACCAAAUGGUGUACACAUUUGAAUAGUAAAUAGACGCCCGGGGUUCGACCCUCGGGUGUUUCUGUCAAUGACGAAUUGUGCAGGGGUCCUGAAAUCGGCCGAGAUGUGUGCCGAUGAGCCGCCCGGAUGUCUGGUAUCGUUUCCGGAACUAACGGCGGUCCAGAAAGACAGCACCCACCGAGACAGACAACACUCUUUUGCAGUUUUAAAUACUAGUUCCUAAGCUGCCAAUUCAGCGGAAUUCUCAAAUUUCCUCCUUUUUCAGUGCACUGCUCGUUGACAAAUCGGCCAACAACGCGCAUCUUCUCCUCGCGAGACAAGUGAGCAACGUGCCGCUCCCGGGCUUUAUCACCAACUAUCUCGCCAAAGGAUUCAGUCAGACGGUAGCGGAUCACUGUAGAUCACAUCGGAAUCGUUUCAUUUUUAGAUCAAGAAGCGUGUGAAUGCGGUGCUCGGAAAGCUCGACGAGCCGGAGCAAAAGGAACUGCUCCGACGUGACAUCCGUGCUCUCGACGACAUUCUGGGCGAUAAGAAGUUCCUGUUCGGCGAUCGUAUCACAUCGGUUAGAAAAUGUGCUCUCAAUAAUAACUCAAUUCUCAAAUUCCAGACGGACUGCGCCGUGUUCGGUCAGCUCGCCGCCGUCUUCUAUCUGCCGUACCGUCAACAAAUCAGCGAUCUUCUCGAGGACGACUUUCCACGCGUCCGUGCCUACUGUGACCGUAUCCGUCAACACUAUUAUCCCGAGUGGAGAGACGAUUAG